GAUGAUGAAUUUGGAAAUGAUGUUGCAUCCAGUAUUAAGACUGAAAGCUUUUAUUCUAUGUCACAUGAAAUGGGUUCAUCUGUGGAUGAGGCAGGACCAUCAAAUAUUUCCAGUUCUGUCACUGAAAGAUUACCUGACUCAGGUUUUAGUGGGACGACUGAUGAAAACCAGUUCAGAGCGCCUCAAGAUUCACAAGAAAAUAAAACACCGGAAUCGGCUAUUCAUCUGCAGCUACCAGGGCCUCAAGACCCACAAGAAAGUGUAACACAAGCAAAUAAGUUUGUAGAUGCAAGUCUUGAGGUUGUUGAUGAACUUAGAAACUACAAGACAUCUGGCAUGAAGGCUGAAGCCGAAAUACUGGCAACACCACUCAAUGUAUCUAUGGCAGAUGAAGUGGGUACAUCUGUGGAUGAGGCAAGACUGUUGGAUAAUACUAGUUCUAUCGCUGAAAGAUUUCUGGAAGAAUGCCUGGAGGAGGAUGAUGAUGAAUUUGAAGUUGCAAAUGGCAUUGCACUAAGCAUGAAAUCUAUGGCUGAAAGAACAGCAAUAUCACUCCGUUCAUCUAUGGCAGAUGAAACGGGUGCAUUUCCAGAUGAGGCAAGGCAGCCGAUUAUUUCUAGUUCUAUCAUACACAAUUUUGAAAUCCCGCUAAGCAUGACAGAAAAUGAGAGGAGAGCCUUUGGAGAUCUUCUUCAAUCUGUCGUCAGCUUUGAUGACAGAAUGUCACAACGAUUUCUGCUCCAUUGUACAUCAUCUAACCUGCCGCUUCAACCAAUUCGUAUUAAUUUUGAAGCAGUCAGACGUGGCUCGGCUAGAGCAUUUACGGCCGAUACUCACUAUAACGUCCUCUUCCUUCCAACAACUUACGAAUCUUAUAAGGAAUUUGAAGCAGAAUUCAAGAGAAUUAUAAGAAGGAACACGCGGUGGUUUUGAAACAAACUGAAGUACAAAACUGGUGGUAGCCACUGUGUCCACGCUGAACUGUUGAGAACUGCAGGUUCCUGAUUCAAUUUCCGUUGCUGCUUUCCUUUUGGAUGAGAUGCUUAAGCCAUUGUUCCAUGUGAAUGUUAAAGAACAUAGUACAGUACACCAUCCUCUAUAAUAUACACUACAUAUCUGUUAUAUCUAUACUAUCUUCAGACUUUCUUGGGUCUGAGAAUCUAUAAUAGAUAUGUGGUCUAUCGUAUAGAGAAUAGUGUAUAAAUAUAAGAGUGUACUGCGUUCUUUAGUGUAAUAUAUUUAUUUACACCAAAUAAAUUCAUCCAUCCAUUGUCCCAAAUGUACGCAAUAUUGACAGUGGUACCAGGCAGAUGUAAUACCAAUUACAUUUAAAAGAGAUUGCUGUCAACAUUGAUUUACAAUUUCUUUAAACAAAUAAAUUGUAAAAUCGAAAGUUCCACUGAUUAAUCUCAGAUAAGAUAGUAUAGUACAUACUCCAAGUAUCGAAAUGCACGCCAUCUUGGUGGGAUUCAAUAUUUAUUUCAACAUUAAUUUUGUCAUCAUCAGGAAAGUAUGUAUUAUACUAUCUAAUAAAUUGUAAGCCGUGCAUGCUUUUAUGAACAUGAUAAUUGCCUAACCAAGAAAUUGUAAACCUAAUAUGCUUUUGUAAACAUGAAUGCCUAUGCUGCAAAUAUAAGAUACAACUCAUUUAUGAAGCUGAUUACGUCCUUCAGACACCAAACCAAAAUUUUGCAAAGAUAUUCCACUAUAUAGCUUAAGGUAGUUAGGGACGUUCUGGGUAUGACAUUAAACUCCAUUCGGUCGAAGCGUCGGCGACUAAACUGACAACACUCUCAAAUGUCUUAGUGGCUGCUGAGGGGAGGGUGUU